AGGUAAACAUAAAAUGCAUAGCCAUGCUUGUGUUCAUAACAAAUCGUGUAUGCUAGAUUGAUUCUUAUUUUACUUGGGUUUAAUAUCGGGUGGUUAUAACAAAUCUGGAACCUGGCUUAGUGAUGGAUCUUGAUGCAAAGAAAUGGCCUGAUGCACAAACAGAUGAUACUUCGUCUUUCUACAAGGGGCUGGAAGCAGCAAGCCAGCAAUGGCCAUUCCCGCUCUCUUGAGGAAAAGACAGUGAAGACUUGGAGGAAGCCGGAGGUGAACGAUGCUCGGCCUUCCAUUGGAUGAACUGAAGAUAUGAAUCACCGGCAAGAGAAGUUUGUAAGGUCAGUUUUAGUAAUGCAUCAUUGCUUUGUUGUUAUUGGGGUGAUUCCACACAAUGAAACUGAUGAUUUGAAGUCAGCUGGAGCUGUGAGGUCUGUGUUUGGACUGUUCGUUGAGCUCGUUAAAUCAUGGAAUCUUCCUGACUGGCUCGUGCAUUGGGGCCAUCCCGCCAACAUGGAUGUUGUGCUCUUUGCCAUGGGUGGUUAUGGAACUUACCUGGGAUUCAUAAUCCGGUUUUCUGAUGAUGUGGAGGAAAGAGCAAAAGCCAAAGACUUGCAUCCCAAACUCCUUGCUGGAAUGUUCUUCUUCUUUGCUCUUGGAGCUACUGGAGGGAUAACUUCUUUGCUCACUUCAGACAAACCCAUCUUGGAAAGCCCUCAUGCAAUAACUUAUAGCUGUAAGAAGCUGACAUCAAACAUACAUGAAAUUGAUGAAGAAGCUGUAAGAACUGCAUCCGUGUAUCAUAGUUUGUCCUUUUCUUUCUAG